AUGGCCGAUUCUUCGUCGCAAACUUUCCAGUCCGAAAUUGCGCAGUUUGGCGAAGCGGACCUGCUUGUAAGUCCACAAAGCCCCGACCAUUCCGACACUCCUACCAGAAUCCCAAACCGCUUUGUGCCUACGACAGAGGCCAUCACCUCUCCUUUACCUCCUCGCCCUUGUGCUGUUGAUCAUACGCCAUCUCGGGACCAAAUGAGAGAGCGCAACUGUCCCUCAGAAUCGGCAUCUCCCCGCAAGUGCUGCCUCAUCUCCUUCAAGGGGCUGAGCCCCUUUGCUUGUCGGAACGAGGACAAAUCUAUACUCCCUACCCACAAGCCCAGGAGACACUCUGCUCGUUUUGAGACGCAGGGUACCAGUAGGCCCUUUUCUCUCUCGAAAAUUGGAAACUUUGCAGUCACGCGGGAUGACCCUGCAGGCGUGAUGACGAGAGGAGAGAUUACGGUCUCUUCAGGUGAAGAUGGGGGAAAAUUUGCCACCAAGGCUGCACCGGGACAAAGGACUCGUCCGGAUCUUCAUCCAAUGGCAAGGGAAAAGGUCCAGAACAUGUCUGCCUGCGGUGCCAGCCAGAAGGCCGUGAAAGUCAUUCCCAUCCUUCGUGACACGAGCACCUUCGAUUCGACGACAUCAACGAAUGAAUUUGACGCGACUGGAACAAAGAUUGAAUUCCGGAAUCCAUUAGACGUCAUGGAUGAGGAGCAGCCAGGUCGCGAGAGCGAGGAUCUGGCGCUCGGUGCUGCUUCUUCUCCUCACGGCCAUCACCAUCAACGAAAAUGGUCAGAUGGGGCUCCUGGUCAUCGGCAAGCGUCCACCUUGGAUAUGUCCGAACAGCAUGCUUCAUUUGCCAUUACGGAAGAAGUCCGUCAUUUUGGGCACUUGGCUGAUGAGAUGACCGUAGCUAUGGCUCUAGCAAAGUCCUCACCUACCUUUUUCUCGCAGAUAGG